UCGCCUGCCAUCAGGAGCAACUUGGGGUUUAGUGUCUUACCCAAGGACACUUCGGUAUGUGGAGGCAUGUGAGCCGGAACUCUGCGAUUGGAGGACAACCCGCUCCACCCCCGAUUCAAUGUGACUGGACAAGUUGCACAACUUAGGCUGCAGUUCAGCACAUGUUGAUGGAGUAGAUGCUCCACUGAAAUGACAGACCAGGGCAACAAUAAUCAGAACAUCUCUCGAAACCCGUUUGCUGCCCUUUUCAGUUCGCUUGCUGAUGCAAAGCAGUUUGCUUCAGGCCAAAAACUACAGCAGCAAGCUGAGCCACCAUCGGAAGAGUCCGGAGAGAGCCAGUCCGAGUCUGACAACUCGGUGUCGGACAGUAUCGGGGACAACGAUGACUCAGUGGCCGAGAUCAGCCGCUCUUUCCGCUCGCGACAGGAACUCUGUGAGCAGCUCAAUGUCAAUCACAUGAUCCAGAGAAUAUUCCUUAUCACCUUGGACAACAGUGACCCUAGUCUUAGAAGUGGUAACGGCAUCCCCCUGCGCUGUGUCUACCUUGACGAGAUGGCAGCUGACCUCGAUGGCCAAGACUGGCUCGAUAUGGACACGAUAGAGCAGGCCAUUUUCAGCAGGCUUCUCUUACUGGAGCCGGGUAACCACCUGAUCUACAUGACUUCUUGCAGCGUCGUGAACCUGUCAGCAGAUCGUGAUGCCGGGGAGAAACUAGCCAUACCAUACCUUUAUGCCUGCUACCAGAGAGCUAAGGAAGAGGUCACUAAAGUGCCAGAGAAGCUGCUGUCAUACGCUGUGCGCUGUAAGAACCUGACAGUGUCCAAUGCUCGCACGGUGUUGCUUACCCCAGAGAUCUACGUCAGCCAGAAUGUGUAUGAACAGCUACUGGACCUGCUGCUGGAGGCGGUUAACAGAGCCCACAUUGAGGAGGUGGUGGAAUUUUUAGAGGAAGUUAUCGCUGGCCUCUUGGCUGACCAGGAAGUGCGCACUUUUGCGGAGGUUAUGGUGCCAGUAUUUGAUAUUUUCCAGGGCCGUGUGAAAGACUUAGACCUCUGCCAUCUUCUGCUUUAUUCCUACUUGGAAAUUCUAGUAUACUUUAGUAGGCAAAAAGACAUUGCAAAGGUUUUGGUGGAACACAUUCAGCCCAAAGAUCCUAAUAAUGGACUUGAGUAUCAGAAGACUCUUCUAGGCACUAUGUUAAAUAUAUCUUGUCUGCUGAAAACCCCAGGGGUGGUGGAAAGCCAUGGCUUUUUCCUCAACCCCUCCCGCUCCAGCCCGCAGGAAAUGAAGAUUCAGGAAUCUAAUAUCCACCAGUUUAUGGGCCAGUUUCACGACAAGUUGCAUCAGAUCCUGAAGAAUCUGCUGCAGCAGUCAACAGAGACUCGUCACCUUCUGCUCUCGUGGCUGGGCAACUGUCUGCAGGCCAACAUGGGUCGUGUCAAAAUCUGGGCCAACCAGAUGCCCGAGAUCUUCUUCCAGAUGUACGCUUCGGAUGCAUUCUUCCUAAAUCUGGGCGCUGCGCUCCUCAAACUCUGCCAGCCAUUCUGUCGCCCUCACUCUCCAAAACUGCUAACCUUUAACCCCACGUACUGUGCUCUUAGAGACUUGAGUGAGGAAGAAAGACGCAGUAGGAAUGUGCAUGCCAGAGGGCUUGACAAAGAGACAUGUCUGAUUCCUGUUCCGCCUCAGCAAACAGUUGACUUUCCCCAGUCAUUCAGCCUUCUCACAGAGAACCUGAUCCUCACUCAGCUCACCCUGCACCUGGGCUUCCACAGACUGCAUGAUCAGAUGGUGAAAAUGAACCAGUCGCUGCAUCGGCUGCAGGGCACGUGGCGGGAGGCGCAGCUAAGUGGAGGUCCGAUGGCAGAGCAGUUAAGGGAACAAUUUGAGCGCCUCAUGACCGUUUACCUGUCCACCAAGACUGCUGCCACUCAGCCUGCCAUGCUCCAGAACUGCCUCAAUCUACAGGCCUCCUGUGCCUCUCUGCUCGUUCAACUCAGUUUAGGAAACCCGGGCCCUGAGCACAUUCCACUGUCCUUCCCUCUGCCUCCACUACAGAACAGCCUGCUCUGCUAUGUGCCAGAGUUUUUUGCUGAGAACAUGGGUGAUUUCUUCAUAUUCCUUCGGCGCUUUGCGGACGAGGUGCUGGAGUCGUCCACAGAAAAUCUGGAGCAAGUCCUCAACUUCAUCACGGUGUACAUGGGAAACGUAGAGAGGAUGAAAAAUCCUCAUUUGCGGGCAAAGCUGGCAGAGGUUUUGGAGGCUGUGAUGCCACAUAUGGAUACCGUCUCACCUGAUGAUCCCCAGACCAUUAUGUUCCAGCGACAGAGGGCGUUCUGCUCCUAUUGCCAUGCAGCUCAUCUAGCUGAGGCUCUCAUCACUGUGUUUGUAGACAUUGAGUUUACUGGUGAUCCUCACCAGUUUGAACAGAAGUUUAAUUACAGAAGGCCCAUGUACCCCAUUCUGAAGUACAUGUGGGGAGAGGAGAGCUAUAGAGAGAGCAUUAAGCAUUUGGCAGAUUUCGCAUCUAAAAAUCUAGAAGCCAUGAAGCCACCCCUUUUCUUGAGGUUUCUAAAUCUGCUUAUGAAUGAUGCCAUUUUCUUACUAGAUGAGGCCAUACAGUAUCUGAGUAAGAUCAAGCUUCUCCAGAUAGAGAGGGACUGUGGCGAGUGGGAGGGUCUGGCCCCUGAUGCUCGCCGAGAGAAGGAGUCCAGCCUGCAGAUGUUCGGACAGCUGGCUCGCUUCCACAAUAUCAUGUCGAAUGAGACGAUUGGCACCCUGGCUUUUCUGACAUCGGAAAUCAAAGGCAUCUUUGUUCAUCCUUUCCUUGCUGAAAGAAUCAUCUCCAUGCUUAAUUACUUUUUGCAACACCUGGUGGGACCCAAGAUGGGUGCUCUGAAAGUGAAAGACUUCAGUGAAUUUGACUUCAAGCCUCAGCAGCUAGUGUCAGACAUCUGUACUAUUUACCUAAACCUGGGAGAAGAGGAAAACUUCUGUGCCACAGUGCCAAAGGAUGGGAGGUCGUAUUCCCCCACACUGUUCUGUCAAGCUGUUCGAGUCCUAAAGAAGAUCAACAAACCUGGGGAUAUUAUAGUGGCGUUCAGCCUCCUAGCAGAUAAAAUAAAGUCUCUGGCAGAUCGGCAUCAGCAGGAAGAAGAGACAUACUCGGAUGCUCCAGAUGAAUUUUUGGAUCCCAUCAUGUCAACCCUGAUGCUUGAUCCCGUGCUUCUUCCUUCUUCCAAUGUCACAGUUGACCGCUCAACAAUAGCACGGCACUUGCUUAGUGAUCAGACAGACCCUUUCAACCGUAGUCCACUCACCAUGGACCAGAUCAGACCCAAUGAGGAGCUCAAGCAACAGAUCAUGCAGUGGCUAGCUGAACAUAAGCUGGGGGGUGUGCAGAUGGGACCCAGUGGCUAGCACGUGCGCACACACACACACACACACACACACACACACACACACACACACACACACACAAACAAAACCGCCAAUGUCCUAUCCAUACACAUCUAAGCCAUUUAUUACAGGAGCAACACAGACAGCUACUGACAUGGUGUAAUAUUCUCUGUUAAUGUCAGAUAUAUUCAAAUAACAUACAUCUGUUCAAAACUAUUAUCAGUAGUGAUCUUAAGGUCUAACUGUGCAGCAAGCUUUUAUAUUGCUGCAGUAAACAGGUCAUAAUACUUGCUAUCUUGCUUUCUGCCUUGUAAAGAUUUUUUUUCUUGCAGAAAUUUAUUUUGAGUUGUGUGUACAGACAGUAUAAAGAUCUUUGAAAAUAAAAAAACAUAUAGUUACUAGAUUUGUCCUCCAUCUUUAAGGAAAACAGGUUUAAUAAAUUGACACAUUUUGGUUAUGAUAAUUUGUGUGAUGAAUCGAAACAGUAUUGUCAUUUUCAACAAAAGUAUAAAAUUCUCAUAAAAUGCCUGUUUUACUGUAUUUGAUUUACUGCAAUGAUCAAUUUUCAUAGUGUUUGUUUUAUUGUUUGCAUAAUCCUAAUUAUACCCAGUAAACUUUAGCUUUUUUUGCAGGACAGAAUGAAAUUACAAUCGAGCAAUUGCAUCUUUUUCCCCUUGCUGCAUUUGCAUUGUGCAUUUUACUCAUUUUUGGAUCAUUACAAAUGAAAUGCUUUUUUUUUUUUUUUUAAACAAUGAUGCAUCAUCAUAGUUUCAUGUUACAUUUUAACGACACUGUACUGAUUUGCUAUUUGUAAAUUGUCAUCUCUGCAUACUACAGGAGUGUUCAUUAUGUUUGUAGUGUUACAACAAACAUGUUUGACCUUGUCCUCUAAAGAGAACUUUAAAGCUGACACCAAGUACUGUUCAUCUUUCUUGUAAUGGAUAAAUUCGGAAUGUAGUCUGUGAUGAUGAUGAUGAUGAUGAUUAUUGAGUUUUUAUGCCAGCAUAGAAAGUGUGCUUAAAAUUCCUUAUGUUCAUCUGUUUGCAGAGUCUUACAAGUUAUCUAAUCACAAAAUUUGCCUUUGUGUUAAAAAAUAAACAAAAAGACCGAUACUGGUCUUUAUAACAA